AUGCUCGAAAUGGCAAUUGUUGUACUUAAGUCCAAUAUAGGCUACAUCUACAGCACAAGGGCCCACUCCUCGACAUUCCACGCUUCCUAUAGACACACAAAAACCAUCAUCUUCCCCUCCAAGGGCCCGGAAAUGUCCUCAUCCCAAUCUUUGCCAGAGGCUUGUGAUGUUGUCAUUGUGGGUGCCGGGCCAGCUGGGCUAGCCACUGCGUUACUGCUGGCCCAACAGCAGAGCCCGCGCUGGGAGCGGAUCGUCUUGCUAGAGAAGCGACCGUCUAUCGACGCGGAGGAGGCUGACAAGUCGUACACAUAUAUGAUCGACGGCCGGGGCUUCUCGCUGACCGACUCUGCGGGCGUUACGAAGGCGGUGGAGGCGGCGGGUGUUAUCUGUUCGGGGCUAUCGAUUUCGCGGGUUUAUCCGGAUGGCACCUACAGCGAACGCCGUUUCAACUUCAAGGACUCAUCGCGAGCUUCCGUUUGGUUGCCCCGACGGGCCUUUCUGCGGGCCCUGCACAGCGGCCUAGCGGAGGCGGAGCAGCAGGGCCGGGUGCGGAUUAUGUACGACGCCAAAGUGACGAACAUCGAGCUAGCGGCACCAGGACGAGGACAUGCGUCCGCCGCCGUAUUACCUAUUGCCGUACAUGUUCGUGAAGCCGGCGGCGCCGGGCGGGAGCUGUGUUUUACCCCCCGUUUGCUUGUAGGAGCUGACGGAGCGGCCAGUGAAGUGCGCCAGGCGCUAGAGCUCUGGGCGCCGACGGCGGGCCUUCCCGAAGGGACCUUCAGUCCCGUGGUGCUCGACUCGCCAUCCGCGGGCCUCCGCUACAAGGUGUUGAACUUGCCCCCAAACCCUCCGUUCCGCACAAAGCAGCAACCACCGCAGCAACAGAAGAAGAAAGAACAGCAGCAGGAACAGGCGACUGUGUCUGCUGGCGGCAGCGGCAGCAGUCACCGUGUCCUGCCAAACUCGCAGCUUGCGUCGGUCGCCGGUAUCAAGGCACCUAGGCAGCGGGCCAUGCAGCUCGGGAUGCUGCCCUUCCGGGACCCGAGCUCUCCAAGGACUGCCAACGUCAUCGCGCCAUCUGACCACGUCUUUUGGACGCUCGACACCGGGGAGAAGCUGGGUGCCUUCCUGCAGGCGAGUUUACUAGAGUCCUUCCCGCAACUCGACGUCUCAGCGCUCUUCAACGAACAGCAGCUGGAGGCCGCCGCCAAGUCGCGUGGCGGAUCCUUCCCGCGCCCGCAGUACAUGCGCCAUUUCAUUGCCGUACUGCCGUACACGCCACGCGACAGCGACCAGCAGUUUGCCGCCGCCGCCGCCGCCGCCUCCUCCUCCUGUGGCGUGGUACUUUUGGGAGACGCGAUACACUGCUUUCCACCGGACCUGGGGCAGGGAGUAAACAGCGCCAUGCAGGACGUGAUGGAAUUUGCAAAGGCUCUACACGCGGCGGAUGGCAACCUGGCCCGGGCGCUGCCUCUUUACGAGGGGCGCCGGGCGCCGGAGGCCGCGGCGCUGGCUGAGAUAAUGACUUUCGGAGCGCCGUACCAGUACAGUCAGGAUAAAAUUCAGCUCACCCUGUGUGGCUUGAAUGUAAUACUUCGGAUGUUUCUCCAUCGGCUGGCUCCAAAGGUGUUUUCGCAGCAAACGUUCGUACUGAUACAACAGGCGGAGAUGAGCUAUGCGCAGAUACGGGACCAGGUACAUGCAACCACUCGGCGGAUCUGGGCGCUCGUUGGCGCACUGGCAGUUGCGCUCGGGGCGCUGGCCGUGAAAUUUGCUUUGGCGGCAGGUACCGGCACGCUUGCCGUAGCCUAA